AUGGGUUCGAAAGUUUCUCGCUCGGAAAAUCGAGCGCACGACGCCGGAGAUGCAUCGAAAGAGGCUCCGCCCUUUGCUUCCGAAUCCGCCAUCUCGAUUUGUGUCGUCGACAAUCGGGCGGUAUCGAUCGACGAGAAGAAGAAGGAGAAGGAAGAUGACGUGGCAUUGAAAGAGGCCCGUGCGGAUCGGGAGAUGAUCCGUCGGGGACUGCUCCCAGCCACGGGAAUGCCGUUCAUCUGGUCGACGGAUCUGCCGGAUUCGGACGAGGAGAACGAGAUGACGACCGUAUCUUCCGAGUACGAAGUGGUCGAAGUUGAAUGUAUCGUAAGUGCCACGUCUUCUGAUUCCGACGACGGAGAGGAACGGAGCACGUGCGGAAGUGACGUGGAAGAGCCGAUGAAGCACGCGGAGGAGCUCGACCACAAGAUGGAAGCGCUCGCGCGACAAGGAAUGGACUGGUUGGCGCCGCGCAUCGAGGAUAUCAUGAAGGUGACGGAUCCGGAAGUGGCCGCCGUGCUCCGCGAGACCGCCCCCAAGCCGCACGAGUUCUUCGCGCUCGAAUUCGGAGAAAUCGACGACGGACUGGAAAUAACGACGGCGAGAAAUGAGGGAAUGGAGGAGCUGAUGAAUCAGAUGAAAAAGAGUUCGGAUCUGGAGGCGACCGAGGACUGGGAGACCGAGAAGCUGAGAAUUCAAAAGGUGGUCGAGGAGAGCAAGCACGAUCUCGACACGCCCUACAUUCCGACGAUGGACGACUUCGAGAGGGACAGUGAGUUGAGGCCUCUUCUUUGAGAAAACCUGCGAUUUUUGCAACAUUUUGGUAAAAAACGUCCAAAAAAUUAAAUGUUUUCCAAAAUCUUGCAAAGAAUCGCAUUUUGUCGAAGAAAACGUGCCAAUUUUUCAAAAUGUUACUCAUUUGUUGUAGAGAACACGCACGGCCAACAACAACUCGGACUCUACCAAAUUCUGCGUCGAUUCCAGCUGAGAGACGGAACUGUGCGGCUCGUUUGCCGGGUACCGCAACAUUUUCUUCUUUUUCUCCUCAUCUCAACUUUCAGGGACCACCGCCGCACCGCACCGAAGAUUUCUGGACCGAGGCGCACUGUCAAGAGGUCAGUCUGGUCGUAAUGUGGGGAAAGUUUGAGGAGCGGCCGCCGGGCGCCGAUCGGACGUUCCGCAACUGCGCCCGCUACAUUCCCGCCGACGAUCAGGACGAAUUCGCGUGCGGUGACGUCAUCAUAGUCCGGAUGACGGAGACGGAGCAGGCGAACGAGCACUGUCGCAUUCAGCGCAUUGCAAUGCGCCACAAGGACAUGUGAGUUCUAUUUGCAUCGCGGCAUUUCGAAAAGUGAAUGUGAAAAUGACGAAAUUUCAGCGACCGUGGCUGGUACACAGUUUGGCACUGCGAGCGCCGAAUGCGAUGGGACCAAGCGGCGGAUUAUAGCCGCGAAAACGCGGAAUUCGAGGAGCUUAAACUGAAGCUGCUCUCCGAAAUGGUAAAUUUCGUGUCGUGCCCUCCCCGAGAGAACCUUUUUUCUUUCAGCACUCGAACGUUUAUCUGGAGCACACCGAAAUGGAGCAGAGUGCUCUCAAAAACCCGGCGCUCCAAAAGUGGGGGAGCAUUCCCGCAAAGUUUGCGCCGCCCAAUCGGAAUGCGUAA